AUAUUAUUAGGAACGAUAAACAUUUAAAAUAUCAAAACUUCUAAUCGAUAGGAAAUUGGUUAAAAUACGUCCGGGUAAUUGAAACAGACAAUGUCAAACAGGAGAACUGGUGUUACUUACUAUGAAUGGAAGUCGGAUAUAUUCAACUGUGGCCAUGCUGCUAUAUGCCUUAGUGAUGGAACGUAUAUCAGUUAUUGGCAUAAGUCGCCAUACUCGAAACUUGUACUAGCUGUGGGAAUGACUCCUCUCAAGAGUAAUAUCUUCAUCCUCUUCUUUGAUUAUAUCAUAUCAUGGCUUCUACCUUUCACUGAUAACAAGACGUUCACGAAAACGUAUUCACAAGAUGCUAGAAUAAUGGGACGAGAGGCUGACCGUAGAAUUACUUUCCAUUCGGAUUUUCGUAAAGAAGAUGAAAUUAAAGAAUGGUGGUACGAGAACCGCAUGCUGUCGUAUGGUCUAUUUGGACGAAAUUGCGCGACUAUUGUUUUCCGUGCGUUGCAGAAAGGUGGUGCCACAACUUACCAAUGUGAUCCUGAAUAUUAUAUCUGGACUCUAGAAAGAAUUUAUGAUUAUUGCGAAAAAUUGCAGUGGAAAACUUAUCGUUUACAAACCGGAUCAAUGCACAAAUAUUCUACAGACUUUGAGUACAUCUUAAAAGGUUUGAAGCAUGAUGCUAAAAUAGCCCAAAAAACUAAGGAAGAGGUUGACAAAGGGAAAGAAAACAUAAAGAAAAGUAAAAAGGAAACUAGCAGCGAUGAAAAGUCAGAGGAAACCAAAUCAAGUGAUGAAGAAAAUAGUGAAGAUGGUAAAGGAGAUACAAAUGAGUUGCAGAUGGUUCCAGUCAAAGAUGACAAUCAAACGGAACAGGAAAACACAUCCAGGGAAUCACGGAAACAAAAGACACACAAGAAAAAGAAGGACAGGUGGAAAUAAUUGUGACCUUGUAAAUCUGUCAAAAUUGAAAUAAAAAUGUAAUAUUUAUGAUAGAAAAUUUAUUUUUUGUAGAUACUAAAAAAGAGACCGUAGGACAUCAUCGCAAACCUUUUAAAGCAAUUGAGACGUUUUGUA